UUUGUGUCCUCUCUCCUCCCUGCAGCUGCCAUGAGAUUCUGGGCCACCUGCCCUUCCUCCUUCACCAUCUCCUUCCUCUUCAUCAUCCUCAUGGUGUCCACCAUUUUCCACUGCCACCAGCGCCUGGCUCUGGUGCCCACGCCCUGGGCCUCCCCGCGCCGCGUGGUCCUGGCCCCCAGGGCCCUUCCCCAGGGGGGCGUGUUCACCAUCAAGGCCCAGGGCCGCCUGGGGAACCAGAUGGGCGAGUACGCCACCCUGUACGCCCUGGCCAAGAUGAACGGCCGGCCGGCCUUCAUCCCCGCGCAGAUGCACAACAUGCUCGCGCCCAUCUUCAGAAUCACCCUCCCGGUCCUGCACGACACCACGGCCAGCAGGGUCCCCUGGCAGAACUACCACCUGAACGACUGGAUGGAGGAGCGGCACCGCCACAUCCCCUGGGAGUACGUGCGCCUCACUGGCUACCCCUGCUCCUGGACCUUCUACCACCACCUGCGCGCCGAGAUCCUCCGGGAGUUCACCCUGCACGACCACGUGCGCGAGGAGGCCCAGAGUUACCUGCGGGGUCUGCAGGUGAAGGGGAGCCGGCCGAGCACCUUCGUGGGGGUCCACGUGCGCCGGGGGGACUACGUCCACGUCAUGCCGCAGGUGUGGAAGGGCGUGGUGGCUGACCGGCGGUACCUAGAGCAGGCGCUGGACUGGUUCCGGGCCCGCUACCGCACCCCCAUCUUUGUGGUCACCAGCGAUGGCAUGGCCUGGUGCCGGCAGAACAUUGACAGCUCCCUUAGGGAUGUUGCAUUCGCGGGCAGCGGUCACCAGGGCUCCCCGGGCAAGGACUUCGCGCUGCUCACGCAGUGCAACCACACCAUCAUGACCGUCGGGACCUUCGGGGUCUGGGCCGCCUACCUCGCUGGGGGGAACGUGGUCUACCUGGCUAACUUCACCCUGCCGGGUUCCCCCUUCCGUGCUGUCUUCAAGCCGCAGGCGGCUUUCCUGCCCGAGUGGGUGGGCAUUGCUGCCGACCUCGGGCAGGCCAGGAAAAGCCGCCCGUAGCCCCGCACGUGUCCCCACCUCGGGGGCCAGGCCGUGUGUGGGGUGCAGCACGGGGCCUCAGGGGUGAGCACCCAAGUUUGAAUCCAGGCUGCUCUGCUUCCCAGCUGGGCAAGCUGGGACGAGUGACUCAACUGCUCUGUGCCUGAAAAGCAAAUGUAAUCCAGAACUUAGCUGGGCAGCCUCGUGUAAGAAUGCAGCCAGUUCCUUCAGAGCCUGGGCAACCCAGUGAGUGCUGGCCGCUGCCCGUAGGUGGCUGCCCGGACCCCUUGAACUGUGAGAAGACGGAAUCGGACUUUCACUGUCUCCUUUGCCGUGCUGACCAACUAUUUUGCCCUUACCUCUUGGGAGGGUUGGCGACGAAGCCCUUCCUGCCCUCAGCCAAAUGAGAGUGGGUGUUUGGGGCCACUAAGAAUUCACACUUUGGGUUUAAUGGGGCCUUAUCAUGAAAACACGUGAGAGAAAACGGGAUCUCUCAUGGAAAGACCCUUGGUGGCCAGGGGCAUCCCCUGAAAUAGGGGUGGGGUGGGAGGGCCUCACAGUGACUGCAGGACCCAGGCUUAGCAAAGAUGCCCAGAGUCCACGGGACAGAGGAGCAGCAGGCUGACCCAAGUGGGCCACAGAGGGUGGACCACGGCCAUGUCAGCAGUCACCUCUGCCCAGGUGACCCCCCACCUUGGCACCACCAGUGCCUACAGGCCCCAGUGCCACUCUGAGAAACCCCAGUGUGGACAAAGGUCAAAUUAAGUGAUUCCUGG